CGCCCCCGGCCCUCUCGGCCCGCGCGCCAUGAAGACCAAGUUCUGUAACGGCGGCGAAGCGGAGCCUUCGACCCUGGGGCUGUUGCUGAGCUGCGGGGGGGGCGGCGGCGGGGGGGGCGCGCCCUCGCCCGUGGGGGGGCCCGCGCAGCAGCGCGACGCCGACACUGAGCUCGAGGUGGGGGAGCGCGGAGGCGGCGAGGGCGGCGGAGGCCCCUGCUGCCGGCCCGAGCGGGACGACGAGCCCGACGAGCCGGAGAACACGGCCGACGCCGACACCCCCGAGCCCCGCACUCGCCGCAAGGCCUACCUCUGGUGCAAGGAGUUCCUGCCCGGAGCCUGGAGGGCGCUGCCCGAGGACCAGUUCCACAUCAGCGUCGUCAGAGGCGGCCUCAGUAACAUGCUCUUCCUCUGCUCCUUACCUGACUGUGUCCAAUCUGUCUCAGAUGAGCCCCGGAAAGUGCUUCUGCGCCUGUAUGGUGCCAUUCUGCAGAUGAGGUCCUGUAACAAAGAAGGCGCCGGACAGGCAUUGACCGAGAACCCGGGCCAAGGUGCCGAGGCCAUGGUGUUGGAAAGCGUUAUGUUUGCCAUCCUUGCCGAGAGGUCCCUCGGCCCAAAGCUAUAUGGAAUCUUCCCACAAGGCCGUCUGGAGCAGUUCAUCCCUAGUCGCCGUUUAGACACUGAGGAGUUAAGUUUGCCAGAUAUCUCUGCAGAAAUAGCUGAGAAAAUGGCCACGUUUCAUGGUAUGAAGAUGCCGUUCAAUAAAGAACCCAAGUGGCUUUUUGGAACCAUGGAGAAAUAUUUAAAUCAAGUUCUGAGAAUUAAAUUUACCAGAGAAUCCAGAGUUAAAAAACUAAACAAACUCCUCAGUUAUAAUCUGCCUUUGGAAAUGGAAAAUCUCAGGUCUCUGCUGGAAUCCACUCCGUCUCCAGUGGUGUUUUGCCAUAAUGACUGCCAGGAAGGGAACAUCCUCUUUCUGGAAGGCAGAGAGAACUGGGAAAAACAGAAGCUGAUGCUCAUCGACUUUGAAUACAGCAGUUACAAUUACAGAGGCUUUGACAUCGGGAAUCACUUCUGUGAGUGGAUGUAUGACUACACGUAUGAGAAGUUCCCCUUUUUCAGAGCUAACAUCCUGAAGUACCCUACCAAGAAACAGCAGCUUCAUUUUAUUUCUAACUACUUGGCUGCCUUCCAAAGUGGAUUUGAAAACCUCAGUAACGAAGAGAAGUCCAAGAUGAAGGAGGACAUGUUGGUAGAGAUCAACAGGUUUGCCUUGGCGUCCCAUUUCUUCUGGGGACUUUGGUCAAUCAUUCAAGCCAAAAUUUCAUCUAUUGAGUUUGGGUACAUGGACUACGCGCUAGCCAGGUUUGACGCCUAUUUCGACCAGAAGAGGAAGCUGGGCGUGUGAGCCUGGGAGCCGCUUGGAGCAGGGGGUCCCUGCACUUUUGUGUGAAGAGAGCGGCUGGGCGGGCUUUCUCCUCUGUGCUUGACUCCUGCGCCUGCAGCCCGGGGCCCGGCACGCCUCCUCGGGCCCACGCUGGGGGCACCCACGCUGGGGGCGCCCACAGAGACUCUAUUAAAGUUGUGAGGCUUCUUGGAUCUCGUUGACGAUUUCACUGGGAGUCCUUGACAUGAGACCGGGAAGCCACCGGGAUCGCGUGAGUCGAGCGUCUCAUCGUCCUUUCCUCCCUCACCCCCGCCGAGAGCAUUCCGGGGGGAGGGGGGCUGGUUCUCACUGUUUCAUGGUUAUGUGUUUUUUUAAACGUGCCGGUAAAGGCCGGGGCCGGGCCGCCGUCCGGGGCCGCGCGCAUUGUAGACACUACUAGCUUGCAGAAGGACACGGGAGCUGCCCCCGGCGUCCCCGCUUGGUGGGCAGCUCCAGGACACCUACUGCUCAACCCUUGGGUCCAAAUCGCCGAUGCUCAAGAAGGCACACGGACGCAGAGCUCACCCUGUGGCUUCCUUGUGACUGGUGCACACGCUUCGUUACCAGAGCUACCCGACUAUAACUGGAAACCUCCCCAUCGCCGGGCUGUCAGAGGGCCGGUGGGGGCCCCGGGGGCGGUGGGGAGGAGCAGUGCUCACCCCGCCAGCUGCUGGGGCCCCGCCAAGCUCUCCUGCAAUACCUCUGCCCGAGGCCUCCCCCUCGCCUGGGCCCUCCAGAGUUGGGGGGAAAGGAGUCUGCACUUGGUUUUCCUCCUCCUCCUUUUUGUGGGGCGGGAAGGGAAUCCUUUAAAAGUCGAGGAGCCCCCCCGAAAAUUGUCUUGGGCGGCUGCUUCCACAGCCCCCGCUCUUCCCUCGUGGCACCCCUCCCCCGAGUCCUGUGAUUGGGGUGACCGAUGGACUGUGCUGAGAAAUGGGGGAGAAGAAUCGCUGUGAAAUGUCCAUAGGUAUUAAAUGACCCUUUGGGGUAAACCUGGAGCUCUUUUUUUACUCUGAACUUUUGAGUUGUUUGUGCAAACAUUUCUGCCACCACACAGACUGUACCAUACUGAAAAUAAAAGAUUGAAAAUCCGA